GGAGGUUAAAUCUUAUCUCUCUUAUUUGUCGUUAUUUUUCCAUUUAUUAGACUAUAAUUUGUAAUUGGCUUUUUUUUUUUCUUUUUAAAUUCAGUUUUCCGUCUAUAUAUACACAUCACUGUGCGCCCUUCCCUUCUCUUCCCAGUUUUAGAGAGAGAGGAAAUAGUGUUUUAGAGAGAGAAAUGGAGAAAGCCAUCAACAGACAGAGAGUUCUGCUUCAGCAUCUCUCCCCUUCCUCUUCUGCAGCCGAGGAUGAAUCUUCUCUAUCCGCAUCGGUUUGUGUGGCUGGGGAUAGUGCUGCAUACCAGAGGACAUCAGUUUUUGGAGAUGAUGUUGUGAUAGUGGCGGCAUAUCGAACUGCCUUAUGCAAGUCAAAACGAGGAGGCUUCAAGGAUACUUAUCCUGAUGAUCUGCUGGCACCUGUUUUGAGGGCACUGCUAGAGAAAACCAAUCUGAACCCAAAUGAAGUUGGGGACAUUGUUGUUGGUACAGUAUUGGCGCCAGGCUCCCAAAGAGCAAGUGAAUGCAGGAUGGCUGCAUUCUAUGCUGGUUUCCCUGAAACUGUGCCUGUCAGAACUGUGAACAGGCAAUGUUCAUCUGGUCUUCAGGCAGUUGCUGAUGUAGCUGCUGCAAUUAAAGCUGGGUUUUAUGACAUUGGCAUUGGGGCAGGGUUGGAAUCCAUGACAGCAAAUCCAAUGGCUUGGGAAGGGUCAAUCAACCCUAAGGUAAAGGAAUUUGUGCAAGCCCAAGAUUGUCUUCUCCCCAUGGGUAUUACUUCAGAAAAUGUUGCACAUCGUUUUGGUGUAACAAGGCAGGAGCAGGACCAGGCUGCAGUUGAGUCUCAUAAGCGGGCUGCUGCUGCAACUGCUACUGGGAAAUUUAAGGAUGAAAUAAUCCCAGUAUCCACCAAGAUUGUUGACCCUAAAACUGGAGAUGAGAAACUUGUCACAAUCUCUGUGGAUGAUGGAAUAAGACCUAACGCAACAAUGUCAGAUCUUGCAAAGCUGAAGCCUGUAUUUAAGAAAAAUGGGACAACCACAGCAGGGAAUUCUAGCCAAGUGAGUGAUGGUGCUGGAGCUGUUCUCCUCAUGAAGAGAAGUGUUGCAAUGCGUAAAGGGUUACCUAUUCUUGGUGUAUUCAGGACCUUUGCUGCUGUUGGUGUGGAUCCUGCCGUCAUGGGUAUUGGUCCAGCUGUUGCAAUUCCAGCUGCAGUCAAAUCUGCUGGCCUCGAACUUGAUGAUAUUGAUCUUUUUGAAAUAAAUGAGGCUUUUGCAUCCCAAUUUGUAUAUUGCCGUAAAAAGCUGGAUCUUGAUCCAGAGAAGAUCAAUGUCAAUGGAGGUGCAAUGGCCAUUGGACAUCCUUUGGGUGCAACAGGUGCCCGCUGUGUUGGUACUCUAUUGCAUGAGAUGAAGCGCCGUGGCAAAGACUGUCGCUUUGGAGUGGUGUCGAUGUGCAUAGGUACUCUCUCUCUCUCUCUCUCUCUCCCUGAUGUAUUGGGUACUCACGCUUGGCUGACAAUCAACAAUGUUGGUAACAUAAAAACUGCAGGUACAGGAAUGGGAGCGGCGGCUGUUUUUGAAAGAGGUGACUGUGUUGAUGAGCUUCGCAAUGCUCGGACGGCUGAAAACAAUAAUCUCUUAUCUAAAGAUGCUCAAUAGAACCCUCAUAUCAUGUCUUGCAAUGGCUGUCAAUAAUGUCACUGCUGGGAUUGAGAAUCCUAAUAAAAGCAUUGUAAUAAAGAUGGCAUUACUUUUGAUAUAGAUACUUGACCAGAGUCCUACCGUGUGGCUGUCUGUAUCUUUACCUUAAAUUAUAUUUUUUUUGUUUGAAGUAAUCGGAGCAAUCAAACCA